AUGAAGCCGACUAUAAGGGGGAUGAAGGACGAGUGGGUGCUCUGCCGGCUUCUGAUGCCGCCCCCUUGGCUCACCGUUUCCGUUGGAGACGUGGUGGGGUUCCUAGUGGACCCAGCACGUGUUUCUGCUGCGUCUGCUGCUGCAUCUCCUGCUUCCCCUGCUGCCUCUGCUUCUCCUGCUUCUGCUUCUGCAUCUGCUUCUCCUGCCGCCUCUGCCACUCCAUUCCCAGUUAUUUUCCGGCAAGUCGCAGCCAUUCCUGGAGACGAGAUGGUGUCAUCUCAACCGUCGGAUGAACCGUUUCGGAUAGAGAAGAAGCAGUUCUGGGUGCUUGCAGACAGCCCGGCUGUUCCUGCAAAGGAGGCCCUAGACAGCCGCACGCUCGGUCCAGUGCACGUGAGGGACAUGGUGGGGCGAGCUCUGUAUGUGGUGCGCUCAGCACUGGACCAUGAACCCAUACACAACAGUGAUCAAGCUAUGGUAGACGACUCAGCAAUAAUGGCAAUGGAGUCUACGAGACCUUCUGGGUGGCUUAUUGAGCAUCGUCGGGACACGUUCCUCUCCAACCAGCAGCAUCUCCUCACAUCUUCCCUUACUGGUUGCAAGGCAAUCUUCCACCUACAGUCAGGCCGUUCUACACUGCUUCAAACCUCGUCGCUCUAA